AUGGCCUCCCUAGGCCUUGAUUAUCUAGACUCAGAUCCAGAUUCCGACUCUAAGAUAGCUCUAUUCACCGGGAUCCAUCAUCAUAGGAAGCAAGCCGAGGCCGGGUGCGUGGUAGAGGACGGGGACGGAGACGGGGACGGGGACGGAGACGGCGCGCGGGGAGGGGUGCGUAAGAAGCAGGAUACCUAA